GGGCUCCCCAGUGAGAGGAAAGGCUUCCCCUAGCCUGCUCCCUGGGUGUGUCCCAGGCUUGAACCCUAGCUGGAACACAUGAGUUAUUUACAGGGAGAACAACAGGCAACUGGCAUUUGGAGGUGGAAGGACAGUGGACUUCACAGUAGCCAUGUACCUCUGCUGCCCAGAGCUGCAUCCAGUGCAGAGUGUGCCCUCGGUGAACGACCAACAUUGUACAGAAGAGUCAGGUUUUGGAGAUCUGGGCCAGGCUUGGACGCAUGAGCUUGGACAAACCACCCCAGGUGCUGACGCAGCCGGCGAGGUGCUCCCCGACUCCUUCCCCUCGGCGCCCGCAGAGCCACUGCCCCACUUCCUGCAGGAGCCGCAGGACGCCUACAUUGUGAAGAACCGGCCCGUGGAGCUGCGCUGCCGGGCCUCCCCCGCCACGCAGAUCUAUUUCAAGUGCAAUGGCGAAUGGGUAGGCCAGAGCGACCACAUCACACAGGAAGGCCGGGAUGAGGCCACGGGCCUGCGGGUGCGAGAUGUGCAGAUCCAGGUGUCCCGGCAGCAGGUGGAGGAGCUCUUCGGGCUGGAGGACUACUGGUGCCAGUGUGUGGCCUGGAGCUCUGCGGGCACCACCAAGAGUCGCCGGGCCUAUGUCCGCAUCGCCUACCUGCGCAAGAACUUUGACCAGGAGCCCCUGGGCAAGGAAGUGCCCCUGGACCAUGAGCUCCUCUUGCAGUGCCGCCCACCGGAGGGCGUGCCAGUGGCUGAGGUGGAGUGGCUCAAGAAUGAGGAUGUCAUCGACCCCACCCAGGACACCAACUUCCUGCUCACCAUCGAUCACAACCUCAUCAUCCGCCAGGCCCGCCUGUCAGACACGGCCAACUACACCUGUGUGGCCAAGAACAUCGUGGCCAAGCGUCGGAGCACCACGGCCACUGUCAUCGUCUACGUGAAUGGCGGCUGGUCCAGCUGGACAGAUUGGUCACCCUGCUCCAACCGCUGUGGGCGUGGCUGGCAGAAGCGCACACGGACCUGCACCAACCCCACCCCACUCAAUGGAGGCGCCUUCUGCGAGGGCCAGGCCUUCCAGAAGACUGCGUGCACCACCGUGUGUCCAGUGGACGGGGAGUGGACGGAGUGGAGCAAGUGGUCAGCCUGCAGCACCGAGUGUGUCCAGUGGCGCAGCCGCGAGUGCAUGGCACCCCCGCCCCAGAAUGGAGGCCAAGACUGCACCGGGCCGCUGCUCGACUCCAGGAACUGUACUGACGGGCUGUGCGUGCAGAAUAAGAGAACUCUAAGCGACCCCAAAAGUCACCUCCUGGAGGCUUCGGGUGACGUGGCGCUGUACGCAGGCCUCGUGGUGGCCGUCUUCGUGGUAGUGGCGGUCCUCAUGGCGGUGGGGGUGGUGGUGUAUCGCCGCAACUGCCGCGACUUUGACACUGACAUCACCGACUCAUCCGCCGCCCUCACUGGGGGUUUCCACCCAGUCAACUUCAAGACCACGAGGCCCAGCAACCCACAGCUGCUGCACCCAGCCAUGCCUCCUGACCUGACGGCCAGCGCUGGCGUGUACCGAGGGCCUGUGUACGCCCUGCAGGACUCAGCUGACAAGAUCCCUAUGACCAACUCUCCCCUGCUGGAUCCCCUGCCCGGCCUCAAGAUCAAGGUCUACAACUCCGGCACCACUGACCCCAGGCCUGGCUUGCCCGAUGGGACCGACCUGCUGGGCGUCCUGCCACCUGGGCCUUACCCUGGCGAUCUCUCCCGGGACAGCCACUUCCUGCACCUGCGCAGCGCCAGCCUUGGGUCCCAGCAGCUCCUGGGCCUGCCCCGAGAGCCUGGCAGCAGUGUCAGUGGCACCUUCGGCUGCCUGGGUGGGAGGCUGAGCAUCCCUGGCACAGGGGUCAGCCUGCUGGUGCCCAAUGGAGCUAUUCCCCAGGGCAAGUUCUAUGAGAUGUACCUGCUUAUCAACAAGGCCGAAAACAGCCUCCCACUUUCCGAAGGGACCCAGACAGCACUGAGCCCCUCAGUGACCUGCGGGCCCACGGGCCUCCUGCUGUGCCGCCCCGUCAUCCUCACCGUGCCCCACUGCGCUGAAGUCAGUGCCGGUGACUGGAUCUUCCAGCUCAAGACCCAGGCUCACCAGGGCCAUUGGGAGGAGGUGGUGACGCUGGACGAGGAGACCCUGAACACCCCCUGCUACUGCCAGCUGGAGGCCAGGUCCUGCCAUGUUCUGCUGGACCAGCUGGGCACCUACGUGUUUGCGGGCGAGUCCUACUCCCGCGCAGCCAUCAAGCGGCUCCAGCUGGCCAUCUUUGCACCCGCGCUCUGCACCUCGCUGGAGUACAGCCUCAAGGUCUAUUGCCUGGAGGACACGCCUGUGGCCUUGAAGGAGGUGCUGGAGCUGGAGCGGACUCUGGGCGGCUACCUGGUGGAGGAGCCCAAGCCCCUGCUGUUCAAGGACAGCUACCACAACCUGCGCCUGUCCCUGCAUGACAUCCCCCACGCUCACUGGCGGAGCAAGCUGCUGGCCAAGUACCAGGAAAUCCCUUUCUGUCACAUUUGGAGCGGCAGCCAGAAGGCCCUGCACUGCACCUUCUCCCUGGAGCGGCACAGCCUGGCCUCCACCGAGCUCACCUGCAAGAUCUGCGUGCGGCAGGUGGAGGGGGAAGGCCAGAUAUUCCAGCUGCACACCACACUGGCUGAGACACCUGCCAGCUCCUUGGAUGCCCUCUGCUCUGCCCCUGGCAGUGCCAUCACCACACAGCUGGGCCCCUAUGCCUUCAAGAUCCCAGUGUCCAUCCGCCAGAAGAUAUGCAACAGCCUCGAUGCCCCCAACUCGCGGGGCAAUGACUGGCGGCUCUUGGCACAGAAGCUGUCCAUGGACCGCUACCUGAAUUACUUUGCCACCAAAGCGAGCCCCACGGGUGUGAUCCUGGACCUCUGGGAAGCUCUGCAACAGGACGAUGGAGACCUCAACAGCCUGGCGAGUGCCUUGGAGGAGAUGGGCAAGAGUGAGAUGCUGGUGGCCAUGGCCACUGAUGGGGACUGCUGAGUGCCCAGAGCUGCGGACUGGCAGGGACAGGCAGGAGGCGGGGCAGGGAGACCCAGCACUUACAGCUGAAGUUGCUUCUCCUCCUCCUGCUCCCCACCAGAGCCCUAGACCAAGACCAGACCACAGCCAGCCUUAGAGAAUCCAUGUGCUCGGUUGCCGGGAGACCCAGAGCCCCUCACCUCGCGCUGCGUCUCCUCGUUCGCACCCUGUGUGACAGCAGCAGUUAGGGACAGAAGGUUGCCCUCCCUCCAGCCCUUCUCCCCCUCGCCCUGUGACUUCUGGGUCCCCUAGUUCAAGCUCUGUUCUCACCUUCUCCCCUAGCUGCUGGUUCCUCCCCGCCAGAUCCCCAAAAGCUUUCACUCCCUUUCCCUCGCAAAGAGUCGAGUACAGUUCCACAGAACUGCUUUCUCCUGUCCACAGUGAAAAGGAAAAGGAAGGAAAGAAAAAGCUUCACACAUUAAUGAGGCUCAGAGAACAACACCAAAACCACAAGGGAAAAGAAAAACCCAGUUUCUUAGGAAACGCAAAUGAUUUAUUAUCCAGAUAUUUGGAUAAGUCCUUUUUAAGAAAAAAAAAAAAAAAAAGGAAGGAAGAAAGAAAAUGAAAAAAAAAAAAGAAAACGAAAACUUUUUUCCUGAGUGGGUGAGAGUUGGCGUGCUCAGGUUCUGGCCUUGAGUGUGUGUGGGUGUGGGUGUGGGUGUGGGUAUGGGUGGGUGUUGGGGGGAGAGACUGAACAAGGCAUUCUUUGCUGCUAAUGAAUCCGGUUUUGGACUGAAUUCUGACAAGACCUCAGUUUCCCCAACUGUGCAGGAGCAGAUGAGACAAGGUCUGCUGAAUUCAUAAAGCCAAGGGCCUUGAGGACGGGAGGGGGCCCUUCCCUCCCAAGCCACAGGCAGACACCCAGGAUCCUCUGUACUCCUGGGGGGUGCAGUGCAGAUGGAAAGGGCAGGGGUGGGAAGUGUAGGCACCCAGGCCAACUGGAGACAGCACCCAGGAGGGCAGUGGAGGGUGGAACUCAUUUUCCCAACUCUGAUCUGCACCUUCCUCUCUCUGUGCUUGGAAAUUGGGAAGUGGCCUUUCUGAAUGGGCAGGGUGGCUGAGGUAGAGGAGCUCACACUGCCCACCCCAGCAUGUUCCGGGGACACGAGUGGGGAGGAUCAAGUCCCCAUCCUCUGAGCCAGCUGGCACUGACCGGACCAGGAUCUCACAGUGGGCACGAGGCCUCAUUAAAGGCCACUUCUUGGCACCCGAGGCCGGGCAGGUGCCAGAUGCAUCAAACUCUGAGCCCUAGCCCCAGGGCUUACCACAGCAGCCUCUGCUGGGACCACCUGGGCACACCCUGGCCUUUGAAAGUCUGCUGUCCUGUUCCAGUCAGUGUCCCCUGCCUGGAUCUCACUGUGAGCGCUGCAGAGGGAGGCAGGAGUGGAGGUCCAGCUGCUAUGAAGGCACCGUGUGACCUCAGGCAUACCACUGCCUUCUCUGGGCACCUGCGUCCUUUUUAUGCCCAAGAGGCCCCGCAGAUGCUGUCUGAGUCCCUUUGGAAUCUGACACACCAUUUUCUGGCCUUCUCAAGGGAACCCUAGAGGGCAGAAGUUGAGGUGGCCACGUCCCUCCUGCCAUCUCAGGAGGAGCUCCUGGUGGUUGAGGUCCAGCCAGCCCUUUCCAAGAGCCCAGAGCCAGGACGACCAGCCAGAACCUCCUGUUAGGGUCACACUGUCAAGCAGUUGCCAACUCUACCAAACUGCUGAGGUGUUGCCACAGGGCAGCAGCAGCUCAGUGCCACCAGGAACCUUGCCUGCAGGGUCUGUCUCUCACCUCUGGCAUGCAUGCGUGCGUGCGUGCGUGUGUGCACGUGCUUUUAUCCUCGAGCACACCAGGGUGCCCCCCCAGGGACAUGCGCACCUGCCCUGCCUUGUGUGGGACGUGGCCUCCUGCGCCCCUGGAGGCCCCGUGCCUGCUUCGCCUGCCCUGCGCCCACAGGGUCCGUGUAUCUCCUACGUGCCUCUCUGCCUCCUCGCAGGCCCAGCCUUCUUCCUGGGACCCUCCUCAUCUCCUGGACGGUCCAGGGCCCCCUGUCCCCAGGCAGCUGAGCCGAGUCCCUUCACAGGUCCUCUGAGAGGAGGUGACCGGGAGCCUGGGUGCAGGGGGCAGACAGCUCUGGGGACUAAGGGCUGGACCCUACAUGGGCUACGACAUGGUUUUAUGUCCCAGGGCUGCAGCACUCCAGGGAUGGCCCCAAUCCCACCUCUGUCCAUUCUGUAAACUACAACCUGUAAAUAACGUUUAGCAUUCCUAUUGUAACAAAAUUAAUUUUUAUGAAAUAAAUUAUAUUUCCUAGUCUAAUAAAAAAAAAAU